ACUUGAGAUACUAUAAGAUGGUACAAGACGGUAAGAUGCCAGAUCUCUCUUGCAUGGAGUACAUGAUGACUGACACUCACUUGUUCUUUGGAUGCCUGGCCCCAGCCCGCUUGCAACUUGCAUCAGCUUUGAUCUCAUCGCUCCCCUCGUGAUUCAGUCACCAUGGCCCUUCCUAUGAAGAAGUCCGUGAUGAAGAGCAUGAAGGCAAUGAAAAAGACCACCACGAUGAAGAGCAUGAAGGCAAUGAAGAAGAAGGCAGUGAGCAAGAUUGCUAAGGGAAAGUUGGCAAAGGUCGUGGUCUUCAAGGGCAACAAAGAGAAGACUGCAUCUGGGCACAAGAAAUCCGAUCUCAUGAUCAACAAGCGAAACAAGAUUGUGACCAAGAAGCAGAACGCUGCCGGCAAGAAGGCCUUCAAGCACAUCUCUGGCUGGAACACCGCAGUGAUCAAGGCUAGGAAGGAGUUGGGCAUCAAAGGCUUCUGCGCGGUGAACGGAAAGACAGCGCAGGGCAAGGCUCUCUAUGCCAAGGCCAAGGCGAUCUAUGCCGCGUGAAUAGGUGAAAGAUAGGCAGUAGGAGCUUGCGUGGUAGUUCACGGAGCACCAGAUAUGCAUUUAUCUUCACUGCUGGCAGGUUGAGCUCAGCAUGUAUAGCCAUUUCAGCUGAGCAGCAGCAAAUUGUCAGACUUUGCAUCCGCACAACAUCGGGAUCAAGCAUGGGAAGCUGACAUGAACUCAGAUGUUUUCCCUUUUCAACGUGUUCGGCUGUGGAUUUUCAACACGCAAACUGGAUGGAUUGCAGAUAUACACCUUGCCUUUCUUGGCAUGAGGUUCCCAUAUAUCAUAGGUCCAAGACAGUCAAAGCGGGGAUCUAACAACAAACCACCAACAAAGCACCAAGUACGAUGCUUUCCGAGUUUAGCAAUUUUAGUGCAAUUGCAUGCAAUUGCAAUGGUGGAUUGUGAUGGAUUGUGA